AUGGAAUGUCCAAAUAGAAUCCCAGCUUCUAACUUCCAUGUGGAACAGUUGGUAGGAGGAUCCUCUGUGUCCAGAGAUGAGGGCUAUUUCGGCAGUUCCGGAAUGUACGCUCAAAGAGUUGCGACCGAGUAUGACUGUUCGACAGCGAGAAAUUAUCGAAUCGCCUCUUCGCUCUCCAAAGCGGGAGCACAAUCUCCGACAAACACGGCUCUCAGCGUCUACCAUCAACAUCAUUACCUUUCGCAACUAAAUGCUUUUGGGCCUGAAUAUAAAAAUGCAUCCCAGGUAGCACAGCCUGUUAUCCGACCCCUGUUUCCAUGUUCUUUCCCAUCGGACAGUGUGAAGGAGGACUCAAUGUUCUGCCUAUAUAGCGGAGAUCCACACGGACGCACGGAUACAGUUGUUGGAACUUGUUCCUACACGCGGAUGGCUGAGAGACGCCAUCCCAGUCAAACGCACGAACAUUCUUGUCCGGAAUCCUCGACAGCUAAUCAAGGGUACCUAAGGAAAGAGAAGGCGCAUGGCUUCGGAUCAGAAAGUAUCUUUUCUGUGUCCGGAAUUGGGACAGAUAAUCCAGAACUAUUUAACGACACCUGCGAAACCAAUCAGGAGGCGCAUCUGGCAGUGGCAGACAGUAAACUCGAGGAGAAUCACAGUCCCACGAAACAACUGCCUGAGAAAGAGAACGUCCUUAAUAAAACUGACGGUAGCACAGACAACUCAGACAGUGAGGUUAAAGGGGACAGAUUGGAGAAUGCCUUUGGAAACUGGCUCACAGCGAAAAGUAGACGGAAAAAGCGUUGUCCUUACACCAAACAUCAAAUACUGGAGCUGGAGAAGGAGUUCUUGUUCAACAUGUAUCUGACGCGAGAGCGCCGCUUGGAGAUCAGCAAGAGUAUUGACUUAUCUGACAGACAGGUCAAAAUAUGGUUCCAAAACCGACGUAUGAAGCUCAAGAAAUUCAACAGGGAGAGUCGAGUGAGAGAGCUAACCUCUGCUUAUGACUAUACUUAA